GCGACAGGGCCGUAAAGGCGCGCGGAGCGGAGCAUGGCGGUCUACGCGACGGCGGCGGCCGUGCUGGCGGGCGUGGAGAGCCGGCGGGGUUCCAUCAAGAGUCUGGUGUACGCCAGCAGCUUCCAGAACGUGAAGCAGCUGUACGCGCUGGUCUGCGAGACCCAGCGCUACUCCUCCGUGCUGGACGCCGUGAUCGCCAGCGCCGGCCUCCUCCGCGCCGAGAAGAAACUGCGGCCGCACCUGGCCAAGGUACUGGUGUAUGAGUUGUUGAUGGGAAAGGGCUUUAAAGGUGGCGGUGGGGGCCGAUGGAAACCUUUGCUGGACCGGCACCGGGCAAGGCUGAAGGCUGAGCUGGCGCGGCUCAAGGUGCAUCGAGGUGUGAGCAAGAACGAGGACCUGCUGCAGGUGGAAUCCAAACCCGGUCCAGCCUCGCAGGUGCCUCGGUUUGUGCGGGUGAACACCCUGAAGAGCUGCCCUGAUGACGCCGUCGAUUACUUCAAGAGACAAGGUUUCUCCUAUCAGGGUCGGGCUUCCAGCCUCGAGGACCUCCGGACUCUCAAAGGGAAGUGCUUUCUUCUGGAUCCCUUGCUGCCAGAGCUGUUGGUGUUUCCAGCCCAGACGGAUCUGCACGACCACCCGCUGUACCAGGCCGGUCACCUCAUCCUACAAGACAAGGCCAGCUGUCUGCCAGCCACGCUGCUGGCCCCGCCCCCCGGCUCCCACGUCAUUGACGCCUGCGCUGCCCCAGGCAACAAAACCAGCCACCUGGCUGCUCUUCUCAAGAACCAGGGGAAGAUCUUUGCCUUUGACCUGGACGCUGGACGGCUGGCGGCCAUGGCCACCCUGCUGGCCCGGGCUGGGGUCUCGUGCUGCGAGCUGGCCGAGCGGGACUUCCUGGCAGUCUCGCCCUCUGACCAGCGCUACCGUCAGGUCCAGUACAUCUUGCUGGAUCCUUCUUGUAGUGGCUCUGGUAUGCUGACCAGACGGCUGGAGGAGCCCGGGGCGGACGCACCUAGCAAGGCGCGCUUGCAGGCCCUGGCCGGGUUCCAGCGGCGAGCACUGUGCCACGCGCUCACUUUCCCCUCCCUGCAGCGCCUGGUCUACUCCACCUGCUCCCUCUGCCAAGAGGAGAAUGAAGACGUGGUUCGGGACGCCCUGCAGCAGAACCCAGGGACCUUCAGGCUAGUCCCUGUCCUCCCCUCCUGGCCCCACCGUGGCCUCAGCACUUUUCCAGGGGCUGAACACUGCCUCCGGGCCUCCCCCGAGACCACGCUCACUGGUGGCUUCUUUGUCGCUGUAUUUGAACGGGCAGAGGUGCCAAGCUCAGUCUCCCCAGCUGAAGCAUUAGCACCAGAUCCGGCCCCCGGGGCCGCCCCACGGAAGAAGAGACGGCGCAGAGCAGCGGUCCCUGGCACGCCGCCCCUCGAGGAACAGGAAGGAAAGCGGUAGCCCUGAUUCUCCAGCUGGAGGGAGAGCAUGGACUCACCCGGCUGCCAGGCCCCUCCCCGGGCCGUGUUCUUGCUCAUGACAGUUCUGCCCACAGAAAUAAAAAGCAGGACAUGGUCGACGAUA